AUGUGGCGGGACGUUCGUAUUACCCGUAUUACCCGCACAAGGGCCACCAUGGACACCGGGGCGGGCGCCACCAUGGACACCGGGGCAGGCACCACCAUGGAUACCCGUACUAUCACAAGAAGCACUACGACUCUUACUGAAAUAGUUUCCUUUCUGGCUGUGAACUUCUACUUAUGCUAUCUGUCCGUCGUCAGCAGCGGUUGAAGCUAAGUUGAGAAGUGUCCCAUUGGAAGUGAGAAUCCCCCCUUUCUGAAGCUCGGACGCUUGGAGAAUAGCUAUGAAGAGUGUCUUCGCUUCUGGUGACUUUGAUCCUUGAGAACUAGUCGCUGCUGUCCGCAAUAAACAAAAAGUUGCUAAAA